AUGAUCCACGGUUACGCUUUCUCCAGUUUCAUUUGAGUGUGUGCGCGCUUUCAGUCACCACCGAUCCUACAAUGGCGACGGUUACGUUUUCCUUUUCCGCUAAAACCCUAACCCCACCCUAUCACCCGAAAACCCCAAUCUCGAGCUUCACCCCGGUGACGAAUUUACGCCUCCCUCAUUCUAUGGUGACCCGAACCCGAAACCCUAUCCGGAUUCGGGCGACGCUGGACGGCGAUUUCUCGGCGAAAAGGAGCAGCAGCAGCGAGCAGAGGGAGACGAUAAUGUUACCUGGCUGUGAUUACAACCAUUGGCUUAUUGUAAUGGAGUUUCCUAAGGACCCUGCACCCACCCGUGAACAAAUGAUUGACACUUACCUUGAGACUCUUGCCACUGUAUUGGGGAGCAUGGAGGAAGCAAAGAAGAACAUGUAUGCCUUCAGCACCACCACCUACACUGGAUUUCAGUGCACUGUUGAUGAAGCAACUUCAGAGAAAUUCAAGGGUUUGCCCGGGGUUCUUUGGGUACUGCCAGAUUCGUAUAUAGAUGUUAAAAACAAAGACUACGGAGGUGACAAAUACAUAAAUGGGGAGAUUAUUCCUUGCAAGUACCCUACCUACCAACCGAAACGUAGCGGGCCAAAGAAUGAGAGUAAAAGGUACGAGAGACGGAGAGAUGGCCCUCCCCCUGACCGCAGAGGCCAAGACAAGAGGCAGCUGCUUCAGAUUCAUCCUCUACAUGAGUCUUGCAGGUGAUUUUCAGUUUUGUCACAACUUUAUAUCAUGCUCAUGGUCAUUUAAACAAAUAGAAGAUUGAGCUUGUGUUGGAUUCUCGUCAGAUGCAUACAAUGUUUCUCGCAAGCUCAAAUGGGUAUUUUCACGAUUCAUCUUGAGGAAUAUGUGCUUUUGGACUAUAUGAGUAUGACAUGUGAGACAAGUGCUAGAUUUAUUUGUCUGUAAUUUGGAGCUAUUUAUGAUGCAAUCAGUUUGUUUUUGUGAUAAUUUUUCUGCAAGUUUCAUGGCAGCUGCAGUUUUAGCACAUAAAGUGACUGAUAUGAACUGUACAAGUUUAGAUAAUGUGCAUAUAUAGCCUUUUGACAUUUAUCUUAAACAGCCAGUUAAUGAAUCCUUAGGUUAGUAAUGCUA